GAAGAAGAAAUAACCCUUCCCCUCUCAUCUCUGCAAUUCAAAUUCCAAACUCUGGUUAGAGAGAAAUGGUAGUUUCGAAGAUGAAGACGACGGCGCGCUCCAAAUCGGAAUCGAAGACCUACGAAGAAUGGUUCAAAUUGGCAGAUUCAGAUGGUGAUGGUCGCAUCAGUGGGAACGAUGCUACCAAUUUCUUCGCUCUCUCGAACCUGUCUCGCUCUCAACUCAAGCAGCUUUGGGCUCUCGCUGAUACCAAGCGACAAGGCUUUCUUUCUUUCCCUGAGUUCGUUACUGCGAUGCAGUUGGUUUCACUGGCACAAGCAGAAUACGAAUUGAACUCAGAUAUCCUCAAAACUGAAAUUGACAAGGAGAAUAUCAAACCUCCGGUGAUGGAAGGACUUGAUGCUUUUGCGAAGAAGAAGAGUUUAACAAUUAAUACCCUACCAGAAGUAAAUGAGAUUGCUAAGCCUCAACCAUUUCUGGCUAACCCAUGGUUUGCGUCAAAAUCUUCGAAGAAGUUACCUCCAAGUGCAGUUACAUCAAUAGUUGAUGGAUUGAAGAGACUGUAUAAUGAGAGGCUAAAGCCCCUGGAAAUCGCUUAUCAAUAUAAUGAUUUUGCAUCCCCAUUGUUGACCAGCAGUGACUUUGAUGCGAAACCCAUGGUCAUGCUUCUUGGUCAAUAUUCCACAGGAAAAACAACAUUUAUAAAACAUUUGCUAAAAUGUGACUAUCCAGGAGCACAUGUUGGACCAGAACCUACAACCGAUAGAUUUGUUAUUGUUAUGUCAGGACCUGAUGAGAGGAGUGUUCCUGGAAAUACUAUAGCUGUUGAUGCUGACAUGCCUUUUAGUGGCCUAACAACAUUUGGAGGUUCAUUCUUAUCGAAGUUCCAAUGUUCUCAAAUGCCACAUCCAUUGCUAGAUGAAGUAACAAUUGUGGACACUCCUGGUGUCCUAUCUGGAGAGAAACAAAGGACUCAACGAAGCUAUGAUUUCACUGGUGUUGUUUCUUGGUUUGCUGCCAAAUGUGAUCUCAUUCUUCUCCUAUUUGAUCCCCAUAAACUUGACAUCAGUGAUGAGUUUAAACGAGUAAUUGCAUCUCUACAUGGUAAUGAUGAUAAGAUACGGGUGGUUUUGAACAAGGCAGACCAAGUUAAUACUCAACAGCUUAUGAGAGUUUAUGGAGCCUUGAUGUGGUCAUUGGGGAAAGUUUUAAAUACCCCUGAAGUUUCACGUGUAUACAUUGGGUCAUUUAAUGAUAAACCUAUGGAUGGAGGCUGUUCAUUAGGACGGGAUCUUUUUGAGAAGGAACAGAAUGAUCUACUAGCGGAUUUGGUAGAUAUUCCAAAGAAGGCUGUCGAUCGUCGGAUAAAUGAAUUCGUUAAACGUGCUAGAUCUGCAAAGAUUCAUGCAUAUAUAAUUAGCCAUCUUAAGAAGGAGAUGCCUGCAAUAAUGGGCAAAGCCAAGGCUCAACAAAAGCUUAUAGAUAACCUUGAUGUUGAAUUUGCAAAGGUUCAAAGGGAGUAUCAUCUACCAGCCGGUGAUUUUCCCAAUGUAGAGCACUUCAAAGAAGUUUUAAGCCGUUAUAGCAUCGACAAAUUUGAGAAACUAAAGCCUAAAAUGAUUCAAGCAGUGGAUGACAUGCUUGGGUAUGAAAUACCAGAGCUUUUGAGGAAAUUCAGAAAUCCUUAUGAAUAGUUGAAAAAUGUUUUAGCAUGUUAUCAGUUGUAAUAUAAAUUUUAGUGCCAGAUUUUAAUGUUUGAAUUCAUUAUUACUGGAUUGUGGAUCAUUUCAUUUUCACUGUGAAAUGUCGAUAUUUGGUUUCGUUA